UAUUAUAUUUCUUUCUUUGUAUCUCUCUUUAUUUCCAUAUUCGACCCUUCCUCCCCCCCCCUCCUCUCGCGACCUUUCCCCUCUCUUUUCCCUCCUUCAAUGGCGGCGAAACCACUGAUAUAACUACCAAACCAUUCUGCCGUCUCACCAAAGAAGGAAAUCCAUGCCGACCCUCACAGCGGUAGCCUUGGACAAUUUUCUCCACCAUGGAGCUCAUGAUUCGCAGAAGAACCCCCUCCAUGAAAAUGGAGAGGCGGACGCAAAAAAUGGUGGUCCCAGGCACUUGUAUAUUAUGCCGGCGUUGUAUUCGACUCCUCACCAAGCCCCUCUACCGGAAAACGCUACUCCGCACUCGCCCUCCCCUUACGUGGUUAACCACAAGCGCCGCGGAGGGAGAAACGAGGGUAGUGCAGUUCCGGAGUUAGAUAAGGGCGAUGUUUUGGGGUUGGAGAACGAGCAGACGGAAGUGGUUGGAGUAGAUUUUUUCGAUGAGGACUUUGUUCGUAACGAGGAUGGGGAUUUUUUCGUGCGCGGAGCUCUGGAAUUGCCAUGCGAUGAGGCUAGGGGUAAGGACGACGACGACGACGACGACGCCGCUAGUUUGAGCACGAAGGAAAUCGAUACGCGGAGCUAUGUUUCUGCUCAGGGGGAAUUUUUCGAUGCAAUUGAUGAAUUCUCCUUCGAUGGAUCGUCUUCUAAUGCUGAUUCUUGUGAUAGUAGAAUUGCAUCAGAAUUGCAUGCCUCAAGGCUCAGACUUCUUGAGGAAAUUGACAGGAGAAAAGCUGCGGAAGAAAGUGUAGUUUUGAUGCAUUGUCAAUGGGAGAGGAUGAAGAGCCUCAUGGCUGAGGCGGGGUUAACAGUUCCUGCAUUUCCGUCUGGUGGUGGUAUGCAGUCCGAGGACAAUCUGGCAGACCGUAUUUCCCAGGAAAUGUUAAUUGCUACAUUUGUUGCUGAGGCAGUUGGAAGGGGUCAAGCUCGUGCUGAAGCUGAAGAAGCUGCUGCGAAAGCUAUUGAAUUGAAAGACCAGGAGAUAUUGCGGCUGCGGGAUAGACUGCAGUACUAUGAGACUGUCAAUCAUGAACUAUCCCAGAGGAAUCUUGUGGAGGUGGCGCGCAGACAGCAAGAACGGAAAAGGAGCCGGAGCCGGAGGAGGCGAUGGGUGUGGGGACUUGUGGGAUUAUCAGUAGCCAUAGGAGCUUCAGUGGCUGCUAGCGUUUACAAUAUCCCUCAGGUUAGCAAAUCUCCAUCCAACGAUUUUGUUGCUAAAUCUGCCCAUGAUUGAGGUCAUUCAUUUCCUCCUCAUAGAUAAGAUACACAUAGAUAGUUCGUUUACUCUCAGAUUUGUAUUUUGGGAAUCAAGAAGUUCGUUGGGUGGGGUGGGGUAGUGAAACAGCUAAAUUUGGUAGUGGAUAUUCUUGCUAUUUUUGAUGUGGCAAUGGCAGUCUUUCUAAUGGUUGUGUUUC